CACAUAUGAAGAAUCAUGAUAGGAUGGCCUGUGGUGGAAAGAAUCCAGAAAGAAAAGCACAAGCAUGAAUCUGCAUUGGAACUUGCCCAGGAGCUUAUCAAAAAGAACCAGCGUAAAUGGUGGCAAUCUAUCAAAGUGAAGCCUACCAAAGUUAAUAUCGAGACCCCUGGUCAAGGAAGCAGAGGAGGACAAAGUGAAAGGCAAGGAGGGGGCGGAAUCCCGGGAGUAGGAGGCGAAGGACAAGAGGGGGCACGAGUAGGAGUGGACACAGGAAAAGGAGGGGGAGGAGGAGAGGUAGAAAAUAAUGAAAAUGUUCAACCAAAGAUUGAAGAAAAUAGAAGACAAGACAGGCCUCCUUCACCUCCAAACCCGUUGUUUAUAGCAACUAGUAAUGGAAUAGUGGAGAUUGCUGAAGAGAUACUUGAUAAAUUUCCUCAGGGUAUUGAGCUUGUUAAUGAUGAGGGGCAGAACAUAUUGCAUGUGGCCGUGAUGCAUCGACGGCGGGAGAUUUUCGGUCUUGUAAAGAAAAAGAAUAUACUAGUGACCAGGCUGAGUUCGAGCGUAGAUAAUAAUGGCUUCACAUUGUUGCACCAAGUUGCACACGUGAAGCACUACAGCGGAGGAGCCAAGCCCGGCCCUGCUCUCCAGCUACAAGAAGAAAUAAAAUGGUUUAAGCGAGUGCAGAUGGUGGUUCCACCUUCUCUGUCCGAGCAGCGGGUACGGUGGGUGCUUCCGAAUGAAAAGAAUGACAAACUCAUGACUGCAUUCGAGCUCUUCCAAGAGGAGCAUAAAGGUCAACUCAAGUUGGCGCAAGAUUGGAUCGAGAAAACCUCUCAGUCAUGCUCAGCAGUAGCCGUUCUUUUGGCCACCGUUGUCUUUGCUGCCGCUUACACUAUACCUGGAGGUUCUGACGAUCGUGGCUUUCCCAUUUUCCUUCACAAUCGUUUCUUCAUAGCUUUCACUGUCUUGGAUGUUACCGCCUUAGCGAGCUCCUUGACCUCAGUUGUGAUGUUCCUUUCUAUCCUCACCACUCCUUUUGAAUGCGAGAAAUUCUAUCACAAUAUUCCUCGGAAACUGAUAUGUGGCUUUACUUUGCUCUUCUUCUCAGUGAUGACAACCAUGCUUGCUUUUUCCUGCACUCUUCUUUUAGUCGUUCGCUUGAAGAAGCAAUGGACCACAGGUCUGAUGUCCAUUGCUGCUUUCCUUCCCGUGUCAGUAUUUGCAGUAAUGCAGUUCCCUUUAUAUGUCGCAUUUAUGACUACUAUGAAGGACUUCUUUAAGGAAGUCGUGAAGUUUCUACCUUGGAUCCACCUCCCUUUCCGCUCCCAUUUCAGGCAAGGGAAGGCCAGAAGAAGAUGAUUGGCAUUUUGAAAAAGUACCUGUUUGCUUCAAUAUGUGUCUGGAGACCUACCAUCGUCUUCAGUUAAGUAUUUACUUGUUUUUUCCUUGUAACAAACCCUUCUUUAUGGGAGUCAGUCAGUGCCUCUGUCAUUUUCUCUUAUGAUCAGGACACUAAAUGAAAAAUAAAAUAUUUGUGAUCCAA